UGCUAUCUGUUAGCUAGCCGCGUUCUUUCCCUCCAUCAACAUUGAGCUGAGAAGAAAAGUUGGCAAGUUGAUAGCCAAAACCAGCAACAAAGAGCAAGUUUGCCGCAAACAUCGAGCCAUUCAAGUGAGGAUCUGUUUAUCUGACGUUUGAUAAAGCAAUCGCCUUAAAAUAAACGACAUAUGCAGGCUCUAUAGCAGUUCAAGAUGUUUGGCAAAUCUUUUGGUGCUCCUGCUCCCUUUGGGGGCGGGACAGGAGGAUUUGGGACUUCAUCAACAUUUGGGCAACAAAAUGCUGGGUUUGGAACAACAGGUGGCUUUGGUUCGUCAGCGUUUGGGACGACAAACAACACAGGAGGACUUUUUGGGACCACGCAGAACAAGCCUGGUGGUCUCUUUGGCUCAAGCACUUUUAGUCAACCUGUCACAUCUUCCACCAGUGCUGGAUUUGGGUUCGGUGCACCCAGCGGUACAUCAAACAGCCUUUUUGGAAGCACCAACACCGGAGGUGGAGGCUUGUUUGCCCAGCAGAAUAAUGCGUUCAGUGCCAACAAACCAACCACAUUUGGCACUUUCGGAACCAGUACCAGUAGUGGAGGAUUAUUUGGGACAACCAACACCACGUCCAACCCUUUUGGAGGAACAUCAGGCUCCUUGUUUGGGUCAACUAAUUUCACCCCUGCCCCACCUGGCACCACAAUCAAAUUCAAUCCACCAACUGGGAGUGACACAAUGGUGAAGGGUGGUGUGACGACCAGCAUCAAUACCAAACACCAGUGCAUCACCGCCAUGAAGGAAUACGAGACUAAAUCCUUGGAGGAACUGAGGUUUGAGGAUUACCAGGCGGGAAGAAAGGGGCCCUCCAACCCCAUGGCAGCUGGCACAGCUGGUCUGUUUGGAGCCACAGCCGCCGCUACUUCCAGCACUGGUACUGGUCUCUUUGGUUCCUCUGCUCCAAACACUGGCUUCAGCUUUGGCCAGAACAAAACCUCAUUUGGCACCAGUACAGGGGCAUUUGGCACAACUGCCGGAGGUUUGUUUGGCCAGCAGCCAGCGCAACAACAACAACAACAACAACAACAGCAGCAGCAGCAGCAACAACAACAACAACAACAGCAGCAGCAGCAAGCUUCCAGUCUCUUCAAACCAUUCGGCUCUGCCACCACUACACAAAACACUGGUUUCUCCUUUGGCAACACCAAUACCAUGGGUCAGCCCAGCACCAUGGGUCUGUUUGGCAAUACCGCUGCCUCACAGGCUGGAGGGCUUUUCGGAAACACUAACACAAGUACCGCUGCAGGCUUUGGACAAAGCACGGGGCUCUUCGGUCAACCUAACACUGGAUUUGGGAAUAAUCUCUUUGGUAAUAAGCCAGGUGGAUUUGGUACCACCACCACCAGUGCACCCUCCUUUGGCACAGCCACUGGUCUGUUUGGAAAUAAGCCGACGCUCCCUCUAGGGACUAACGCGAACUCGUCAACCUUUGGAUUUGGUGGAACUGGUGCUGGCGGGAGUCUUUUUGGUAAUAAACCAGCAACAACAGCCCUGGGAACAGGAUUGGGAACUGGCUUUGGAACAGGAACCGGGCAGACGUCAUUGUUUGGAAACAACCAGAACAAGCUAGGCUCAACCCUGGGCUCAGUGGGUACAUUCGGGACUGGUUUUAACACUGGAGCCAGCACUCUGAAUUUUGGUGCACCCCAACAACCUGUUGCUCUGACUGAUCAUGGCGCAACAGCUGCGCAGCAAGCUGUACUUCAGCAGCAGAUCAAUGCGUUGGCAUACUCACCUUUUGGAGACUCGCCCCUCUUCAGAAACUCGCUGUCUGACCCCAAAAAGAAGGAAGAGCGCCUGAAGCCCACAAAUCCAGCUGCCCAGAAAGCCCUGACAACCCCCACCCAGUACAAACUGACCCCUCGUCCCGCCACCCGAGUGCGUCCUAAAGCUCUGUCCUCCUCGGGCUCAUCUAAAUCACAGCUUUUUGAUGGACUUGAUGAUGAUGAACCUUCACACACCAAUGGAGCCUUCAUGCCUCGGAAGAGCAUAAAGAAGCUUGUGUUGAAGAACUUGAAUAACAGCAGUCUGUAUAACAACUCAAUGAACAGAGAAGCUGAUGACCUGGCCUCCCCUUCAGAGUACCCACAGAAUGGACUCAGUCUGAGCCUGGAUGAAAGGGAUACAAGAGAAGCGACAAUGGAGAGAAGUGGGGAAGAUGAUCUGGAGGUCUCCAAGUUUUACACCAACCCAAUCUCCAAACCCAUUCCGCACGCCCAGUUGAGCCCCUUACUGCAAGACACUAUCACUGAAUUCAACAUGCGCGGACCUUCUAGUCAUCGCAACGGCCUGGAGGCCAGCAGUGAAGAGAUCUCCCUGGCAGAGGAUUCUAUUCAGGAGGAAAGAGAUGAUGAGCUGGACGCUCAGAAACCUCCUCAUCCUGCUGGUAUUGUUCUUGGCCGUGUGGGCUACUAUACCAUCCCAUCUAUGGAGGAGCUGGGAAAAAUGUUGAAUGAGAACGGAGAAUGUAUUGUGGAGAACUUAACUGUUGGCAGAAAAGGGUAUGGGUCAGUUUUCUUCACCGGUGAGGUGAACCUGACCAACAUGAACCUGGAUGAGAUUGUGCACUUCAGGCGCAAGGAGAUAAUUGUGUACCCUGAUGACAAAGAGAAACCUCCUAUUGGAGAGGGUCUCAACAGACGGGCGGAGGUGACUCUAGAUGGUGUCUGGCCCAAUGACAAGACCACGUGCUGUCAGAUCAAGAGCCCAGAGAGACUCACUGCAACAAACUAUGAGGGCCGGCUGGAAGCUGCCUCACGCAAACAAGGCGCUCGCUUCCUGGAGUACCGUCCUGAAACUGGCUCGUGGGUGUUUGAGGUGGCCCACUUUUCAAAGUAUGGCCUACAGGAUUCAGACGAAGAGGAGGAAGUGGCUUCAUCCAAGGUUGACCUGAAGAAACUGAAGACAGGCAUUCCUCCCGGCAUCCAGCAGCUUCAUCUGAACCAGCAGCCGGUGCCACCACAGGCUCAGAGUACUGCGGUUUUUGAGCUCCUAAGCCGUGUGUCGGAGUUGGACAGCGACAUGGCCGACAUAACCCAAGAACCUGCCACAGACAGUGUUUUGGGGGACGAGGAUGGAGAGAGAAUCUCACUGGAGAGCAAGCUCAGAGCCGAGACUCCUGCCGAGCACGAGCCCGUUUCGGCUUCGAGCCAAAUGGCGUCGGCGAUGGGCAUCAACCCUCAUACCUUGCAGAUUAUGAAGGCCUCUCUGUUUGCUGAGGAUGACGAGUGUGAUUUGUUUCAAGAACACGGUUCUUCAAAGCUCAUACAAGACGUGGCCUCUGCUAAACUUUUGCUUUCUCGAGGUGGUCGACCAUCAAUUGGAGGCCUGUUACAAACCAAGUUCACCUCAGGAGGAGGACUUUUUUCUCAUUUGCCAGAAGCACCUUUUGGUGGAAUAUCUCAGAAGCUUGGCAAGUCGUUUGCUUCAGAUACCCCGUGGCCUUCAUUGGGCCCCUCCUUUCUUUUGCCUGCACCUCCUCCUGAACCUACCCUACGUACCGUGGGAGCCCGCAGAUUGGGAGGACCUGUACCUCUAGAGAGCUCCGUAACACUUGGAAAAGGACGUCUGCUGAUGGAUGCUGCUUUGUUCAGAGGACGGUCUUUUAGAGUGGGCUGGGGACCCAAUUGGACCCUGGUGCACUCUGGAGAUCAACUUAGUGUGACGGAAGCAAUGAAGGAACAGGCAACAGAAAGCAUGGGGUUCGGAUUCUUGCCCAAACCAACCAAAACCAAACCGAUCACUGAAUGUCCUUUUAAAGUGCGUGUGGAGAAGGUGGUGGGUCUUAAGCCCAAGGAGUCGGCAGAGAGUUUGGCUCUGUACCACAAGCAGUUGGAGAUUGGAUUGAAGCACAGCACUAUCACAACCGAGGACCCUUGUCCUUUCGUCCAACCCGCGAGCGGAGUGGAUGCUCUGCACGAGUAUGCGGAGUGGAUUGUGUUGGUCAACAAAGACAUGGGAGCAGGCGAUGCUGUGUUGGCUCACUGGCGGCAAGUUUGGACUUUGUGUGCUGCUCUUUGGGGUUGUCACGGUGAUCAGGAUAUGGAGACUGAGGAGUAUUCUGAGUACCAGCAGCAGCUUGAGCGGCGGAGGAGCUUCUCAAACUGGCUCUCAGAGAGCGCAGCUGAGCGUAUCGAGGAGGAAGUGGGUCGAGCUCUCCAACUCAACCACGCUGAGGCCAUAUUCAGUUACCUUACUGGCCACUCCAUUGGCAAGGCCUGCAAACUGGCUCAGAAGAACGGGGACCAUCGCCUUUCUCUGAUGCUGUCUCAGGCUGUGGGCUCUCAGUAUUGUAGAGAUCUUUUGGCUCUGCAGCUCAGUGACUGGAACAGAAUGCAGACUGACUCCUUCAUAGAUGAGGGGAGGCUGAAAAUAUUUGCUCUGCUCGCAGGCAAACCAGUGUGGCAGUCAACAGACUUCUGUAUAAACGUGUGCUCUGAGCUCGACUGGAAGCGCUGUGUUGCUGUUCAUCUUUGGUACAUGCUGCCUCCCACCGCUUCUGUCGCUGAUGCUCUUGCUAAAUACGAAUCCGCCUUUCAGGGUUCAGAGGAAGGGAAGAAGUAUGCUUGCCUUCCUUUACCUCCCUAUGUGGAUGAAUUGGAGUUACUAGAUUUGGAUGAAGAGAUGGAGGAGAAAGAACCUAAAAGUUCCCUCUAUGACAUCUGCUUCCACCUGCUUAAGCUUUACAGUGACCGGCACUAUAACCUACAACAGCUACUUGAUCCCUGCACGGUAACUGCUGAUCGUCUGGACUAUCGGCUGAGCUGGCACCUGUGGAACGUUUUGCAGGCUCUCAACUACAACCAUCUGUCCACCUCAUGCCAGGGCUUGAUGCACGCCAGUUACGCUGCCCAACUAGAGAGUGCAGGACUCUGGGAAAAGGCUGUGUUUGUGUUGCUGCACAUACCUGACUCGGGAUGUAGAGAAAUGGCAGUACGGGAGAUGCUGAACCUUCAUUGCCCCCUGGAAGAGUCGGAAGAGUCGAUGAAGAAGGAGCAGUUUCUCAUCGAAAAGUUGCUCAUCCCCAUACAGUGGAUCCAUCAGGCCAAGGCCAUCCGUGCCUGCAGAGAGGGAGACAAACACCGGGAAGCCCUGCAUCUCUAUAAGGCCGGCCACUGGAAUCACUGCCAUCGGCUGGUCAUUCAACACCUGGCGCCAGAUUGCAUCAUUAAUGAUAAUCAUAAGGACCUUCUGGAUUUCCUGGAAGGAUUAGCGGUACCAGACCGCAGUGUUCAGAUUCAGAGCUGGGACACAUCUGGACGGGUUUACCUCGAUUACAUGCAUGUCAUCCAGUCACUGCAUGACAUUCAACAGACCGAAAGCCCAGGAUAUGAGCUGGAGCGAUUACAUACAGAGGUGACGUCUCUAUGUGGCAGGAUAGAGCUCCUCCCUUGCGCCAAGGCUAAAGACCGUCUCGCCCAAUCAGAGAUGGCCAAACGUGUUGCUAACAUCCUGCGGGUGGUCUUGAGUCUCCAGCAAGGCGGUGAGGGCGCCCCAGAUCUCCGACACAUCCCUCUCUGUCAGCUGGCACCGCACAUUGGACGUCUGCCUAUGCCGGAGGACUAUGCUUUAGAAGAACUCCGCAACCUUACUCAAUCUUACCUGCAGCAGUAUGUAGUCGGUCACUAAAUAUCAAGACUGAGUUUCCCAAUAGGAUCUGCAAAUAUAUUGAGUUGCGAGUGGUCUUCAGCACUCUAGUUCAAUGGCUGUUUCAGGCCAUGGUUGAACUUUCGAUGCAUAUUUAGGCACAGUACUUGUAAAUAAAGCAUUCCCGUUUGUUUUUCUGUAGGAGCUUUGCUUUCUUUCAGAUCCUGUUUUGUAGUCAUAGAUAUGAUUUGUGCGAGUUUGUAUUUGAUCAUUAAAGUAUCUUUGGAAUACUCCUGUUGAUGAAUAUCUUUCAAAGACGCUUGGAUGGAAAAUGCCACAUAUGAGACUUUCCAUUUAUGUUGCUGUUGAGUACCAUCUGGUUUGUUCAUAUGUGACAUUGUGUAAAUGUGUGUUUAGUGGAGUGUGCAUUGUCCUCUGGGCCUAUAAUAAUUCAUGCUGACUUUAAAAGUGGGUUUGAACUUUUUUUUUGUUUUCAAUUGUAGUAUUUUUAAGUAUUAGUAUUACAGUGUACAAACUGUUUGUAUUUUAUUGUUCCAAUGGACUGCCUUAGUCUAAAUUUGCAAGUGUAAAUGGAAAAGUCCCUCAACUAUGGAACCAGUCUUUUUGAGAAGUUUUGGUAUCAUUGAAAAUCUCCUGACACCAACUAAGUCUAAACGUAAAGUAGGCAUAUCUAUUUUUUUAGGUUUUUCAAAAUGUUCAUUCGGAAAACUUUAUUGUUGAUGGUUUGCCUAAUAUAAAAAUAUAUUUUGGUGGCUUUAAAGUGUUUAACAUAGUGACUGGCGAGACCUCUUCUGAAUAGGAUAGAGUAAAGCUGAUGUAUGUAAUUACAUUACAGCAUUAAGCGAACACUUUGUCCUCUCAGGUUUUUAAUGAUACAGCUCAUUUGGCCACUACAGUAAUAUGCUUAUUUUCUAGAAUGUUUAUUUUUCAAGAACAUUAUGAACAUUAAACCUGGUUUAUGAUGGAGCUCAUUCAGAUUUUUGGGGCUUUGCUCUUUGACAGUGUUCUUGUGGCUGACUGAUUUUUGCUGUGCAUGACUGUGCUUAAUUUUAUAAACUAAAUAAAGUCAAUUGAAUUUAUAAAUUAA